GCUGGGGAGACGCUAUUCCUCCCUGGGGUGAUGAGGUGAUGGUCAGUGGGGAGACAGGAAAAACUGGGGUGCUCGGUAAGCUGGGGAGACGCUAAUCCUCCCUGGGGUGCUUGAAGACAUAUCGGUGCCAGGCCACAGCUCUCCCUUCUCCCCCGCCCCCCUUUCAAAGCCCCGCCGCGCACCCCAACGAGCGGGGAGAGUGUAGCGGCGGUCGGAGCAAGGUCACGAGGGGUUGGGGGCGGGGGGCGGGGCAAAGCGGGGCACGGGAACAGUAUAAAGGCAGAGGGUCGGCGGGGAAUGGUCACAGAGCUUCCACCUCCUCCACACCUCGGCCUCCUCCUCCUCCUCCUCUUCGGCCACCUCCACACACACUCCACCAUGAAGCUCCUGCUCCACCUCCUCCUCCCCGCCGCCCUCCUGGCCGCCGCCGUCGCCGACAAGGAUUUCGGCAACGGUUUCGGCGCCAACGGUAACGGCCCCAGCACCAGCUACAACGCUCCGCCCGUCAACGGUAAUGGCUUCGGUAAUGGGAACGGUCCAAGCAACACCUACAGCGCACCAUCCGCAAACGGCAACGGCUUUGGCAACGGCAACGGUCCCAGCACAAACUACGGAACCCCUAACGGUAACGGUUUUGGCAAUGGUAACGGCAACGGCCCCAGCAGCACCUACGGGCUCCCCAACGGCAACAACGGGUACGGCCAGGACCCGCUGGCCGAGCUGGGCGAGAACAUCCCCGGCGGCGGCGUGCCCGGCGAGGACUACCCGGUGCUGGCCGCCGUGCCCGACACCGGCUUCUCUUGCGACGACCAGGCGGUGCCCGGCUACUACGCUGACGCCGCCCCCGAGGCCGGCUGCCAGGUGUUCCACAUCUGCCAGGAGCGGCCCGGCGGCCGCCGCCAGCAGGACUCCUUCCUCUGCCCCAACGGCACCGUCUUCAACCAGCAGUACCUCGUGUGCGACUGGUGGUUCAACUUCGACUGCGCCACCGCCGAGGGCCUCUACUCCGUCAACGAGCAGCUCUUCGCCGAGGCCGGCGGCUACGGCUACCAGGCGCCCGCCAACGGGAACGGCAUCGCCUAUGGCAACGGCAACGGUAACGGCAACGGGAACGGGAACGGGAACGGCAAUGGCGCUCCCUCCACUUCCUACUCUGCCCCCAGCAACGGUAACGGUAGGAACGGCAACGGCAACGGAAGGAACGGCAAUGGCGCUCCCUCCACCUCCUACUCUGCCCCCAGCAACGGUAACGGUAGGAACGGCAACGGCAACGGAAGGAACGGCAAUGGCGCUCCCUCCACCUCCUACUCUGCCCCCAGCAACGGUAACGGCAACGGCGUGAACGGCAACGGCAACGGAAGGAACGGCAAUGGCGCUCCCUCCACCUCCUACUCUGCCCCCAGCAACGGUAACGGCAACGGUAGGAACGGCAACGGUAACGGAAGGAACGGCAAUGGCGCUCCCUCCACUUCCUACUCUGCCCCCAGUAACGGCAACGGCAACGGCGUGAACGGCAACGGCUACAGCAAUGGCAACGGCAGGAACGGCAAUGGCGCCCCCUCCACCUCCUAUGGCACCCCCACCAACGGGAACGGCAACGGGAACGGCGCCCCCUCCACCUCCUACGGCACCCCCACCAACGGGAACGGCAAUGGGAACGGCGCCCCCUCCACCUCCUACGGUACCCCCACCAACGGGAACGGCAAUGGGAACGGUGCCCCCUCCACCUCCUACGGCACCCCCACCAACGGGAACGGCUUGAAUGGGAACGGCGCCCCCUCCACCUCCUACGGCACUCCCACCAACGGCAACGGGAACGGGAAUGGGAACGGCUACGGCGCUCCCUCCAACUCUUACGGCACCCCAGUCUGAGCUGCCCCCAACCCAUGACCGACGCAACCCCAGCCACCACCAGGACCCCCCAGCCAACCCCUAAACCCUACGUCAACCCCCACCAACCCCCGUUUGCCCCACCAGCCCCCCGUCAACCCCACCAACCCCCCGUCAACCCCCACCAACCCCUCGUCAACCCCCACCAACCCCCUGUCAACCCCCACCAACCCCUCGUCAACACCCACCAACCCCCCGUCAACCCCACCACCCUGAGACCCUUUACAACCCCCAAACCCCACUCAAUGCAAAUAUCCCUCACCCCCCAAUCUUAGAACCCCCUUUCCCCUCUCCAAAGACUUUCCACCCAGCCCCCUUACACCUUCCCCUUCGUUCCCGGCCCCCCGUUCCCCUUCACCCCUCCCCGCCGCCCCCCACAUGUCUCCCCAACCCCGAUCUCGACUUCUUUUCCUUCUCAGCCAAAUUUUUAUUCUACUUUUCUUCGUAUUUAUUUUCUUUGUAGACAUUGUUUUGAGUCUUACUUUUCUUUACUUUACUUGUUUUUUUCUUACUUUGAUUCUUCGUAUUUUGGUGCUUCUGACAGUGGUAUUUAUUUUCUCUAUAGGCUCUGUUUUACUUUUUUCACUAGGCCUAAAAUUUUAUACUCAUCUACUAUUUAUUUUCUUGAAAGGCAUUUUGAUUAUUCUUCUCCUUAAGGGCCUCGUCUUUUUAUCCUGACUCCUUAAAGGCCUCAUUUUUUAUCCUGACAUAUAUUUUUUAUUUCCAUUAUAGGCUUUGCUCUGAUUCCUCAUAGGCCUAAAUUUUUGUGUGCUUCUUGGUAUUUAUUUUCUCUAAAGUGACAGAGAAUUACAGGUAUUUCUUGCAUUAAAAAAAGUCCACUAACUUGAAUUUUACUCCUGUUAUAAUUCCACGUUAGCCAAAACCCGUGUUAAUAGGAAUUUAUAACCACACGAAAAGCUAAAGAUAUGCAAAGUUAUAUCUCUCCCUGGCCGCCACGAAGAAAAAAAAAAUACAUGGAAUUUUUUUUAUAGAGAUGAUAUACACAGGGAGAGAAUCAUAACCCGUUCACGCCUCCCUCCACCCCCCCAAAAGAAGCAAAAGUAGAAUACAAAACAUGAAAAUUUAGGCCUAUAAGGAACCAAAACAAAGCCUAUAAAAAAUAAAUGCGAAGAUAAUUAUAAUAAGGACAGGAAAUUAUCAUCCGCCUCCUCCCCCCACCCCCCAAAAAAAGCAGGGUCUUAUAUCCACUCACAAGAACAGAGGUGCUAAACAUGCAAAGACGAAAUCACAACCCAUUCCCCCAAAAAGGAAAUUAUAGGCAACUUAAAACAUUGAGAAGAAUUAUACGCACCCCUAAAAACAUAAUUAACCAGGUAUUAAUGAGCCUUACGUAGCUUAUUAAAUCUAUAACCUAUAUAUUUGUCGAACAUUUCACUUUUUUUUUUUUUGACAAAGAAGGAGACAGUUCAAGGGCGUGAAAAAAAGAAGACAAUAAUGAAUAAAAAAAACGCUAGAAAACAAUAAUGAAAAAAAGCCCGCCACUUAUAAAUACAACCCACUUAUAAUAGGAAUUACUCCCCCCCCCCCCUCACAAAUUUAGGAAGUUCAAGUUACCCCCAAAAAACACUUGUGAAUUUCUGAAGACAAGAACUUAUAACCCGCUCCCUUCCCUUCCCCCCCUAUAAUAAAAUUUGAGAGUAUGGCCAGAAUCACACCCCCACCCACAUUAAUGAACUCGUAAAUAUUAUAUCACUCUUAAAAUUAUCUAAUCUCAUAAAAUUAUAAGGCCACACACUCCCAUAAUACACUAAAAAAGACAGAAUUUCACCCUCGGAGCAUCAUCAUAAAAUAUUCAGUAGUAAAUUAUUUGACUAAGAAAUUAUGACCCGUCGCCCCCCCCCCUCCCCUCCC